AUGUCGUUUGCCGAUUACUCGAAAGCUCUUGAUCUCCUCAAGGAAUACCCAACCAAAGACGGUCUUGAUGUCAAGACACUCAUGGACUCCGCCGCCAGAGGUGGUUUGACCUACAACGACUUUUUGGUGCUUCCAGGCAAGAUCGAUUUCCCCUCUUCGAUUGUUUCUUUGGACUCAAAGUUGACCAAGAAGAUCUCGCUGAGAACUCCUUUUGUGUCUUCGCCUAUGGACACUGUCACUGAGGCCAACAUGGCCAUUCACAUGGCUCUGCUCGGUGGUAUUGGUAUCAUCCACCACAACUGUACUGCUGACGAGCAGGCCGCCAUGGUCAGAAAGGUCAAGAAGUACGAGAACGGUUUCAUCAAUGACCCUGUUGUUGUUGGACCAACCAUCACCGUCGGUGAGGUGAGAUCCAUGGGACAGCAGUACGGAUUCACCUCCUUCCCCGUCACCGGUAUGUCUUACUAA